AUGGCUCAUCUGCUCCCGUCCAACGGCGGCGGCGUUAGCGGGAUGCACAAUGGCCGGGUCACGCGGCGGCCUGUCCCGAGUCUGAGCGCCAAGUCAUCCGAGAGGUUGCGGAUGGAAGCCGACGCGCAGGCGGGGCCGCCGGCGGCAGUGGUAGUGUCGAGUCCCGAGCAGCCGCGCGAGAUCGUCGUGCGCGAUCGCCAUGGUGAGAUCGAGAUGGGCUCUCCGGCCUCGCCAGAGAUGGACGACCAGGGCGAUUCGCCGCUUGAUUCUCAGAAGGAGGCAGACGAGGAGAGUCAUAGGCUGGUAGAGGCCAUCAAGAGUCAUCAAAUGCACAGCGCCGGACUCCAGGACCAUCCCGAUGAACUACUCGAAGCCGUCAAGACGAGCAUGAGGGGCAAAGUGGCCCGUCUCUCAGAGGACAGCUGGAUGUACGAACGUGGCCCAGGGCGGGGCAUAUGA